ACGUCAUGGAACGGUCCUGGGGGGGGCGGUCCCUCACCGGCUUCCCUCUGAUUGGUCCACCAUUCAGCUCUUCUCUUCCUCAUCAGUGAGCACUGUGGGUCGGCGAAUGCAGAGGCUGCUGUUAGUGCCUUAUCAACGCUGCCUGUACCGCAAAAUGGCAACACUUUCACAGACAAAGGAACUCUUCCGGAGAGCAGAAGCGGUCUGUUUCGAUGUGGACAGCACAGUUAUCAAAGAAGAAGGCAUAGAUGAACUCGCUAAGUUUUGUGGUGUGGGGGAUGCAGUCACAGAAAUGACUCGCAAAGCUAUGGGAGGCUCAAUGAUAUUUAAAACAGCCUUGACUGAGCGUCUUUCCAUCAUCCGAUGCUCCAGAGAACAGGUGAACAAACUGAUAACAGACCACCCGCCUCAGCUGACUCCAGGCAUCAGGGAGCGUUUUCCCUGGAAUGUGACGUCACGUGAAGUGCUUCACUCCCCAAACGGAGCAUUCAACACACAGGGUGAAAAGAGGGAGCUUGUGGAGCGGCUGCACCAACGCAACAUAAAGGUGUUUCUCAUCUCAGGUGGUUUCCGCUGCAUUGUUGAACAUGUGGCCACUCAGCUAAACAUUCCUCAGCAUCAUGUCUACGCCAACCGGCUCAAGUUCUACUUCAAUGGAGAGUAUGCUGGUUUUGAUGAGAGCCAGCCUACAGCUGAGAGUGGUGGAAAAGGAAAGGUCAUCAGCAUGCUGAAGGAACAAUAUGGCUUCAAGACUAUAGUGAUGGUCGGCGAUGGCGCCACGGAUCUAGAGGCCUGCCCUCCUGCUAGUGCUUUCAUUGGAUUUGGUGGGAAUGUCAUCAGGCCUCAGGUGAAGGAGAGGUCUUCGUGGUACGUGACAAGCUUUGGGGAGCUGCUAAAGGAACUGGAAAAGAUUUAAAGAUCUUAGAGUACUGUUACUAAUUUUUAACACUUUUAUAUUUGCACCUAAGAGUGUGCCUCUGAUGGUUUCAUCAGGUGUACAUUUUUCCUUCGACACAAUACAUUUUUUUUAAUAAUGAAUGACAAUUUUACCUUCAUGGGGAGAUUUUUAUACUAAGCUACUAAAACAAUAACCAAACACUGUCUGUGUGGAGGUUAAUAUUUUAGUCUUACAGCACUUUUUGCAUCUCAACCUUUAGGUAAGCUAAUACAACUCCUGCAUAUUAUGUGUAAUGAUUAGCAAUGUUUUGAUUCUGCAGAAGAGUUGUAACCAGACAUGUCAAUGAGUGUAGUGACUUCAGUCCUGUAGAUAACACAAGCAUUAAACAAACAGCUGUGAAAGACGUUA